GACAUUUGGGCCCAAGCAUGCAGCUUGCCGCAAUGAGCGGCCAAAUCACAAGGAAGAUCCAGGAAGGACACGAGAAUUUGAAGAACGCUGUGGAAGUUCUGCCAGAAGGAGAGUCGGCUUCGCCGCGAAGGGCAGCCUUGAUGCAUAAAGCUUCACUGCUCUUUUGGAAGGACCCCGCUUUGGAUGCACUUGAUGAAUCGGACCGAAAGUGGGAGGUGCUGCAAAUGGGCUUUCAACAAGUGGCUGAUUUUUUGGAAGGCCUUGCAAUGCCGCAGUACUACGAAUAUUUUCUGGCCAAGGGCUUCACCUAUGGUGCGAAGCUGCGAUGGAUGACCCGCAAAUAUCUGGAAGAGAGGAUGUCGAUCAUCAGCAAUGAAGAUGAAAAGGAGACCAUUCUCGAAGCAUGCGCGAACGUGUGCCGUGAUGAAGAUAUCCGACUCUUCCCAUCAAGAUAUGGCAAUCCGGAUCACCACCUGCUUGAUUGUCGCAAAGGUCGCACUCUUCUCUCCGAGAAGAUGACCUGCGAAGGUUGGUUCGAAAACAUCGCGUUGCUAUCGGCUGCCCAAGAGAAGGAUGUGCGAGAGAAUUCUUUCAUGAUCCCGGAAGCUGACUACAACUCCAUAGAUGAUUGGGAGCAUUUUGUGCUGGCGAUCGAUUCCUCGGGGCGGGCAUUCCUCUUUGGCAGGGACGACACUAAGGUUCCUCCCUGUAUCCGAAAUCCACAGAUGCACCAACUUACUGCACUUGACAUUGCCAUGGACUGGAAGUCACUCCGAUCAGUCUCUACAGGGUUGGAUUCGAGGAUGUGCUUCUACGACUGGAAGAAUGACCAGCCAAUCCACGAGCUUUUUUUUCCGAGGGUUGUGAGUGGCAAGGUGAGCGACUGCUUUGGAGCCUUGGACGCGUCCUUCGAAAUGGAGAAGAUGGUGGUUGGAAGCAAUACCGGCCAUCUCUAUGUCAUGGACCUUGCCACUGCCAAGCCAGUGCUGGCUCUUCACGGACACAAAUCCAUGAUUAGACGCGUGAAGGCAAGCUGGACCCAGAAUUUGGCGCUGUCGGCCUCCAUGGAUUGCCACCUGAACCACUACGACCUGCGGAAUGGCAAGGCAAUCUGGAAGCUUCCACACCAGGAGAGAUGCGAUGCCAUGGAUGUGGAUUUUGAUCGACGCCUUGCGCUCUGCGCUUCCAAAGAUGACCCGAUGAAGCUGUGGGAUCUGAAGAUGGGACGGUGCAUCAAGGAAUUUGCAAUUCCCGGACACUGGCCAAACUGGAUCAACGUAAACUGGGAAACCAGCGUGGCUUGCACUGGUGCAGAUGAUAGCAAGGUGAAGCUCUGGGACCUGGAAACCGGUGAGGUGUCCCAGACCCUCGACUGUCAACAUCACUUGACACAAUGCCUGGACGUGGAUUGGGACAAUGACUUGGUCCUGACUGGAGUCCAUCGAGAAAGAGAACAGACAUGUCCAGCGGGCCGCUACGCGGCUUUGUGGCUGAUCAUCAUGACGCCGCAAG